GGGCUCGUAAGCCGAAAAAGAAGAUGGCAAAGAGGCGGCGGCUGAACGCCGGAGAUGGGAAGGACGGGGCUGAGUAAGUUUGACUUGAGGGUGGGGGAUCGCCGCUGAGGUAACAGGGGCUGCCCUUUUCCCUCAGAAGAAAGCGAGCCGGGGAAACGGGUCUUCAUUAUGGAUGAGAGAGUAGCUGAAUACAUUAGAAGAACUGUGCUGCGAAUCCCACGUUCCGAAAUGGGGAAAAUGCUGGCUACAUGGGGGUUUCUGUCUGAAACUCAGCUUCAGUCUUUAAACAUCCAUCAGCUAAAGGAAAAUGUGUCCCAAGAAGUAGUUCGGCUAUGUGAGGAAAACCAUGCAACUAUCCAGCAUGCAGCAGAUCUAGACAUAAUUUACAACUACACAUACAGGGACAAAAAGCUUUGGACUGUUUAUCAAAUGACAAAAGAAGGUGGUGAUGAAUAUGACAUUUUUGACUUGGCAGAUUUUAAAAAGAAAUUUAAAAGAAGUCUUCAGUCAGCUUUGAAAAAUGUAACUAUCAGCUUUAAAGAGUUUGAAGACAAUGCAAUUUGGAUUCGCAUUGCAUGGGGAACACAGUAUACAAAGCCCAACCAAUACAAGCCAUCCUAUGUAGCUUACAUUUCACAGACUCCUUAUGUGUUCAUAUCCAGCUCUAGAAAUAAGAACUGCAAACCGUUACUUUUGCAGGCCCUGCUGAUAGCUGCCAGUUACAAUGACAUCCAUGAAAUGGACCUCCGAAGCCGUUGUUUAGACUCGCUUAAAGAUAUUUUACUUAAGCGAUGUAGCCAGAAAUUUCAAACACAUCACCCACAACCUCUACAAGAACGAAAUUGCAUUCUGCAAAGAGUGGAUCCAAAUAUAGUAAAGGAAGAUAAACUUAAAAAGGAAAGAAUUGAAAGAGUUAAUGAGGAAGCCUUUGGUGAUGGUCCUCAGCCAAAACUGGAGUUUGCACAAUACAAGCUUGAGACUACGUUCAGAAAUGAACAAGAAAAUGGUAUCUUGAACAAUAAAGACCCGUUUAGAUGUAUGGUCAAGUUUUCUAGUCCUCAUCUUUUAGAGUCACUGAAAUCCCUAGCACCUGCCGGGCUGGCAGAUGUUCCCCCCUCACCAUUACUUACUUGCAUCACCCAAAAAGCCAGGAACUAUUUUAGAAUUAAUGAGAGAAAAAGUGCACUAUCACAAACCCUUGCAAGCUAAUGGCAUUUUUAGACAAAGGAGUGGAUUACUUAUUUCUCUUCAGCAAAAUAAAACAACAUGGAAUGUA